UGGCGUCUCGUGCAUGACAGUCAUGUAGUCGCGUGGUGCUGAUGUGAGGAACUCCGAUUUUACGCUGUUUGCACGAGCUUUACAGAGCCACGCCGGGUGGAUAUGAUCUUCGCCGACGACGUGGGAGACGUUUAACCUUUACAUUCACCAAAGCGUCGGUGCAUUCAUAUUUUAAAACAUGCGCGAAUGUUUGUGUAGAUAGCGGAAUAGCUGUGUUGCAAGCGGGAAUGAGCUCGUAGAGGGAGGAGCGCUUCGCUCGGCUCGCCGUGAAGGGAGAUGAUGAUGAUGGUGGCAGAUGGAUCUGGAGGAUGCGGCAGACGCGAAUUUCAACGUUUUCUGAAAGGUUAAUGGCAACUGGUGGAUGUUAAAGCGAAGGGUGCCGAGGUUCAAGCAGCUGAAAUCGGAAUAUGCAUGUGGCGAGCGCUGUGAUGAGCGUGCAUCGAAAUGCAUUGAGUUCCAAGUCAAACUAGGUGGAUAAUGUUAGAGCGGAAAAGGCCGACAGUCAUGGACCAGAGAGGUCAAGGUGUGUGAAGAAUCCAGACAGGGAUGCAAUUAGUAAAAUCAGAGGAUGCAUUUUAAAAUACAUGGAUAUCAGUAUGCAUUUAAUUGGCACUAAAGAUUAAUAGUGCACCUCAAUCCUGAAUUAAAAAUAAAUAAAUAAAUCAAAGCAAUUUCUAAUUUGACAAUAUGAUGUGCGAAGUGAUGCCGACCAUAAAUGAAGGAGACUCUGUGAGUUCCCAGAGAGGCUCUCAGAACGGCACGGAUGCCGAGGCUAAUUUUGAACAGCUGAUGGUGAAUAUGUUAGAUGAGAGAGAUAAGCUGCUGGAGUCUUUACGGGAGACACAGGAGACCCUCAUCCAGUCGCAGACCAAACUCCAGGAUGUUCUUCACGAGAGAGACGUGCUUCAGAGACAGCUCAACUCCGCCUUACCGCAGGAGUUUGCUACCCUGACUAAGGAGCUGAAUUUGUGUCGAGAGCAGCUUCUAGAAAAAGAGGAGGAGAUAUCGGAGCUUAAAGCAGAGAGGAAUAAUACCAGGCUUCUUUUGGAGCACUUGGAGUGUCUGGUGUCUCGUCACGAGCGUUCGCUGAGGAUGACUGUGGUGAAGAGGCAGGCUCCUCCGCCAUCCGGGGUGUCCAGUGAGGUGGAGGUUCUCAAGGCUUUGAAAUCCCUCUUCGAGCAUCAUAAGGCCCUGGAUGAAAAAGUGCGUGAAAGGUUACGGGUGGCUCUUGAAAGGGUAACUACAUUAGAAGGACAGCUGGCAGCCGCCAGUCAGGAGGUGAUCAUGUUGAGACAGAGAAAGGAUGGACGAGCAGAUGGGGAUGCUGUGGACAGGAUGGACAGCUCGAAACCUACUUGGAAGAGGCUUCCCAAUGGCUCCAUCGAUGUGCACGACGACACCAGCAGGUGUCUGGAGCUGCAGGAACUGCUGGAUAAGGCCAAUAAGGAGCUGGCCCAACACAGAGACCGGAUCAGCGGCCUGACCAAUCACAUGUCCGAGCUUGAGACGGAACUGGCUACCGCCCGCAAAGACUUACUGAAGAGCGAAGAGCUGAGCACUAAACACCAGAGGGACAUACGCGAGGCGAUGGCACAGAAGGAGGACAUGGAGGAGCGAAUCACAACUUUAGAAAAGCGUUAUCUGGCCGCCCAGAGAGAAACCACCUCAAUCCAUGACCUGAAUGACAAGCUAGAGAAUGAAUUGGCCACCAAGGACUCACUUUACCGACAGAGUGAGGAGAAGGUACGUCACCUCCAGGAAUUGCUGGAGUUGGCAGAACAGCGUCUGCAGCAGACUAUGAGGAAGGCGGAGACUUUACCCGAGGUGGAGGCUGAACUGGCCCAGAGAGUGGCCGCCCUCACCAAGGCGGAGGAGCGUCAUGGGAAUAUCGAAGAGCGUUUGCGCCAACUGGAGGCCCAGCUGGAGGAGAAGAACCAAGAGCUGGGCAGGGCUCGACAGAGGGAGAAGAUGAAUGAGGAGCAUAACAAACGUCUUUCUGACACUGUGGACCGUCUCCUCACCGAGUCCAAUGAACGCCUUCAGCUGCACCUGAAGGAGCGCAUGGCUGCGCUGGAGGACAAGAAUUCACUCAUCCAUGAUCUGGAGAAUUCCCAAAAACAACUGGAGGAGUUUCAUCACAAUAAGGAGAGGCUCAUUGGGGAGAUUGAGAAGCUACGGGCCGAACUCGAUCAUCUGAAGCGCAGGAGCGGGGCAUAUGGAGACGGAACAUAUCCAAGGUCUCAUGUUGGCAGUGCCACAGACUUGCGGUUCUCAGUGGUGGAAGGUCAGGGGGAUCAUUACUCCUCCACAGGGGUCAUACGACGGGCUCAGAAAGGUCGAUUGGUGGCACUCAGGGAUGAACCGAUGAAGAUCCUGCCAAUGGUGGAGCAGGAUUGGGAUCGCUCUCAACCUUCCAGCUUACGGGCCAGCCGGACUCACCUGAUGGGAAGCGACACUGAGCUGUCUGAAUUGGAUGAUGAAGACCGCGAGACUAUAUUCAGCUCAGCCGAUAUGCUGUCCCCCAGCGGGCACUCAGACGCCCAGACGCUUGCCCUCAUGCUUCAAGAACAGCUGGAUGCCAUCAAUGAGGAAAUCAGAAUGAUCCAGGUGGAGAGGGAAUCAGCAGAGCUCCGGGCUGAUGAGAUUGAGAGUCGAGUGAACAGCGGCAGUAUGGAUGGGCUCAAUGUGACCCUGCGCCCGCGCACCUCCAUCCCCACCUCCGUCACCGCCCUCUCUCUGGCCAGUUCAUCGCCUCCCGUCAGUGGCCGAUCCACACCAAAACUGACAUCCGGUUCAGCGGCCCACGAGUUGGGGAUCAUGACCCUGCCUAGUGAUUUAAGGAAACACCGUAGGAGAGUGGCUUCCCCUGUGGAGGCCCGAGAGGACAAAGCCACCAUCAAGUGUGAGACGUCGCCCCCUCCCUCCCCCCGAAGUCUCAGACUAGACCAAAUGAACUUCGCUCAGCUAACAGGAAGCCUUGAGGAUGGCCGAGGAGGCAACAAAAAGAAGGGUAUAAAGUCCUCCAUUGGCCGUCUUUUUGGCAAGAAGGAGAAAGCGCGUUUUGAUCAGCCUCCGAGCAGGGACGGCCAGGUGACACCACCCGUCAUUCCAGAUUUCGAGAUGAGUAUUGGAGAUACCAUGACCUUGAGCAAACUGGGCACACAGGCAGAGCGAGACCGCAGGAUGAAGAAAAAGCAUGAGCUACUGGAGGAUGCCAGGAGGAAAGGGCUUCCUUUUGCUCAGUGGGACGGCCCCACUGUGGUCUCCUGGCUCGAGCUGUGGGUGGGCAUGCCAGCUUGGUACGUGGCAGCGUGCCGUGCCAAUGUGAAGAGCGGCGCCAUCAUGUCGGCUCUGUCGGACACGGAGAUUCAGCGAGAGAUCGGCAUCAGUAACCCACUGCAUCGAUUGAAGCUGAGACUGGCCAUCCAAGAAAUGGUGUCACUGACGAGUCCAUCAGCUCCUCUCACCUCACGCACAUCUUCCGGAAAUGUGUGGGUGACUCACGAGGAGAUGGAAAACAUGGCAACCUCCACCAAAAUGGAGAAUGAGGAAGGAAGCUGGGCUCAGACGUUAGCAUAUGGUGACAUGAACCAUGAGUGGAUUGGGAACGAGUGGCUGCCAAGUCUCGGACUGCCUCAGUACCGCAGCUACUUCAUGGAGUGUUUGGUGGACGCUCGUAUGCUGGACCACCUUACUAAGAAAGACCUGCGGACACAUCUCAAGAUGGUGGACAGCUUCCACCGGGCUAGUUUGCACUAUGGCAUCAUGUGCUUAAAAAGGCUGAACUAUGACAGGAAGGAGUUGGAGCGAAGAAGAGAGAAUUUCCAACAUGACAUCAAAGAUACCCUGGUGUGGACCAAUGAUCACGUGAUGCAGUGGAUUCAGAACAUCGGUCUGAAGGAAUACUGUAAUAACCUGCUGGAAUGUGGCGUGCAUGGAGCUCUCAUUGCUCUAGAUGAGACAUUUGACUUCAGCAGCUUGGCCCUCAUUCUACAGAUCCCCAUGCAAAACACCCAGGCCAGGCAGAUUCUGGAGAGGGAGUUCAAUAACCUAUUAGCAUUGGGAACUGACCGGCGCCUGGAAGAGAGUGAUGACAAGUCAUUCCGAAGGUCUCCGUCGUGGCGUAAGCGCUUCAGGCCGAGGGACGGCCAGGGUCUUGGUAUGUUGCCGGGAUCCAUAGAGACUCUUCCCGCUAGCUUCCGCCUCAACACCAUGUCCAUUCCCGCCUCUAUGGCUGCUGUGCCCAGGAGACAGCUGCAACCAGAAGCAGCCGGUCCCCCGGCCUCGCAGAGACUAGACCCCUCAGCUGUCAGGACUUACUCCUGCUAACUUGCUUUUACUAACCACUGCACUUACACUAACAGUGCAUUCCCACUACCUGUACGGACACAUGCUUGCGGCCUUUCGACAAUGAAAUAUGCCAAAAUCUGGGGACACCUUGAAAAGAUGAGGGAAGGGUUAACCUCCACCCCUCCCCUGUCCUGAACCACUCCAGAGCUUUCUUGGACACCAUGCAAUAGAGGGGGACAGAAAGACGAAUUUUGAACUCUCGAGCGCAUGGAACGCAUUGCAGCCGCAAAGGAGAAAUCUCGUCAUAUCAGUCGUUUCCCAGUAAUCCUGGUUAUAUAGUCUUUGUGGUGGUCGUACUUAACUGGUGUACUUGGCCCUGUAGUCUGUCAGUGCUAGUCUGCUCCUUUGGGUGUGCCAUUGGCAUUUUACUGUAUAAGGCUUUCUUCCCUUUGGUUAUGCAAAUUAUUAAUCAGUGUCUAUGUAUAUAUGAAAAACAGAAAAUUAUGCGAUUAUGUUUUUUAUGGAAAUAUAUAUCAGACUUGUAUAUCGAGAUGAAUAUAUCAUUAUUAUAUGAGUUUUAAAGUCUCAGUUGUGACUGUUUCCUGUCGGUUAGACAGCUCCGUCUGCUAUAAAGGGUGUUACACUUGUAGUCGGUGUUGACUGAAGAAACGUGCGUUUGUGUUCACAUCAGCAGUGCUUAUCCACGUAGAGUUUCUGUCCACACACUUCCAGGACAUCGAGAUCGUAUGAAGCCAUGAUGCUAAAUAUUGUCAAGCAUCAGGGAAAGCAAUUGACUUCAGUUCACUUAGCAUCAGGAGAGGAGAGGGGAAGAAAAUGUGAUCUCUUUUGGUGCCGUCACUUGAAAUUGAACCACUAUGGGAGCAAAUGAUUCUUGAGCAACAUACCUACCAAACAAGUUAUGAGUGCGUUGGGCAUUUCUUCUUUUUUUUUAAGACAAUAUUUUCUGUAUAAGUCACAGGAUGUAUCGUGCUAUUGUGGCAGCUACUGUACUGUGUGUGAAAACGUGUGUAUGUGUAUUUUAAGUGUUACACAAUGCUGACAAAUCAUGUUCUUACUUUAAGAAGUGCUCUCUAUUAAAAAAAAAAAA